GGUCCGCGGCGUCGCUUUCCAAACAUCUCGCCGAAGUGUCGCGAAUUCCGACGAAAAUCGUGUAAGAAGCGAAGGAAACAUCUAACCUAAUUUCCAUACACCGAGCACGCGUUUCAAUAGCAGCGUGUGCCUCCUGGCAAUCGUUACAUUCACAAACGCGUUUACGUUUUACAACGGGCAGAGUGGUUCGCCGAAUGGUCGCUCGCGCGGAAACAAUUUCACCGGCUUGGUUAAUUAAGUCCCUCGUUCCAUUAGCCUUCGGACAAAAGUUACCGAGCUCCUCGAAACAAAUUGAACGCGGUAACAAUUCGAUAGUUGAUCGCAGUUUAGUGCCGGCUAUAAUCGAAUUCGCUCGAACUGUAUUCGAAGCGUUUUAAUGAACGAGACCUUGCCGGAUAAGUGUUAAAUUAUCUGUGGACAAUAUCUGUGGAAAAGUGGUGAAAAAUGGCGUCCGGCCGAAGAGCUAGUGGUGCAGUGAAGUUUCUUUACAGGAGAUUAUUAACUGAAGGUAAAACCACGAAGAAUGAGGGACAAGGACCUCUUGCAAUCAGAGUUCCAGAGGUCACGGUGACGUUUCAUCGAGGAUUACCGAAGAUCACGGUCCCGCUGCCGUCAAGGAGGGAGCAAUGCGUGUUUACCCUGAAGCCAAUAACGCACACGGUAGGCGACCUGAUCAAGAUGCUGAAGAAAGAGGACCGCGGAAUCGAUCGGGCAACCGUCACGACGCUUGACGGCGUUAGGAUAGGAUCCAACAACACGAUAGAGUCGUUAAUGGAGGAGGACUUCCGGCUGAUUAUAAACGACAACGAGUACGUCGUUACGCCCCCUUUGCAGCAGAGGCACACCAUGGAGAACAUAGAGAAGUUAUCGGACGUGCAGAAAUUAAUCGGACAGCUGUACGAGGCGUUCCAUGUCCGAGAGCACUUCGCGGACAUGGAGAAACAAGUGUUGGCCGAGUUGGAGACAGUGAGGUUGGAGUUGGAGCCGUUGGAGCAGAAACUAUUGGAUUUGGAAACCGCAGCUGCCAGGAGAGCGAACGUCUUUAUCUGGAUGUGUCUGGUCCUUAUGUCAGUGCAGUUCAGCGGUUUGGCCAGGCUAACGUGGUGGGAAUAUUCCUGGGACAUAAUGGAACCGGUCACGUACUUCGUCACCUACGGCACUACGAUGGCUUGGUUCUGCUACUUCGUCUUAACCAAACAAGAAUACAUGCUGCCGGACGUGUUGAACAGACGACACCUGAUCGCGUUGCACAAGAGGGCCAGGAAAGUGGGCCUGGACAUCGACCUCUACAACAGCCUGAAGAACAGAGCCUACGAGCUGGAGACCACCCUGAAGGUCAUCCGCGGCCCCCUGUACGAGCACCAGGCGCGUCUGGAUCAGCUGAAAAGGGAAGGGUCCCCGAGUAGAUCCGGAUCGUCGAGUUCCUCGCGUAGUCCUAGUCCUAGCCCUAGUCCCGAAAGGAGUCUUCCUAAGAAGGGCAUCUUCCCAGCGAAAGAUGCCAGCAAGAAACCGACGCUGAACGCGGCAGAGUUCGAGGCUGCCUGGCUGCGGAAGGAAACGAGGGAUUGAUCGCCGAGGAUUUUAGAUCGCUAGAACUCGGAAUCAGGCUUUCGUUUGUUUCCCCCGACGAGGAAAACGCACACAGGGGUGUUCACCUAAUCGGUUCACAUCACGGUCGAACGAUCGAGAGGGUAGGAGGAUCGAUCGCUUUCUGUUGCGCACGAUGUAAAACACACAGGCAGUAUCGUCGGCGGAGGUCUUCCAAGUCGUACGACGACACUCCUAAUCAACGACUACAUGUAUAAAUAUAUGUAUCUGCCCAAUGCUCAAUGUUGUUGACUGCUCUGCGUUUGGAAGACGUCGGAUCAAGAUGUGUACAUACCGCAGUUUUCUACACGCUGUCAUUUACUACGCGACGGAAAGCCGGAAACGGAUACGGUCGCACGAGACAUUGGGGGGGAGGAGACGAUGUUCCCUCGACGAUGGCGACGAAUGGUGUGGUUAAUCAGACAUCGAAUUAUCUUUGUUGACGCUAGGAAUAUUGCCUAUCCGAGCUGAAUAGUUGAAAUUUAUAGUCUACGUUGGUUAAGUAUUCUUACGGCGGCGCGUCCUUCUCGAUGGAACUGACUGGAACAUCGCGUUUUACAACGUUCGAACCUGCUGCGGACCUUUGUGCGAGUUGUGCCACAAACGUAUUUGUAAAACACUGGGACACGUUC